GGAAUAUAAGGUAAAAAAAAUAAUCUGUAUGUUGUAGUUACUAUAAAUGUCCAGCAGAGGGCUGAAGUGAGUGGUGUAACACUCCCACAGUUUAUGCAUUUAACUAGUUGCAAUGUUGUUUUAAAGUGAUAAGGGGCUAUAUUAGCAUUAAAUUGUAUUUCCCCCCUAACUAGACUCCUGUAGUGAUCCAGCAAACCAUAACUUGAGCUAUCAUUUAUGAAAAUUACAACAUAUUCUGAAGAUUUCUAAUUAAUUUUUGAAGCAGAACUGUACAUAUAUCCAAAAAUAAACUGCAAUACUUACACUAUAACACUAUAAUGGGAGAAGUGUGCAUACAGGCCACAUGUACUGUUAAUUAAAGCUAUUGUAGCCUCAACCACGGUUGUAAAUUUCUAAAUGUUAUCCUGAUUCCAUUUGACUCCAACCACAGGCCCUACAGGAGCAUGAAUGGGAUAUUACUGUGAUUUAUCUGCUCUCUGAUAUCUCUUCCCUCAAGCUUAACGGCCUAUUACAGCAUAAUUGUGCUCAAACUGCAUUAGCUGCGUGCUGUGCAUGUGUGCGUCCUGAAACCCCCAGAGCGCAGAGUCCUGAAUGGCAUGUACUUCAGUCCCGAAGUGGCAAGACUCUGGCAUGGCUCCUUGCAGGCAGCAGAGUAAGGAUUGGGUUGUAUUUUUGGAAGGGUGUGUGUGUGUGCAUCGGUCGCCUUGUUAGGUCUGCUAAAAUAUUUCCAACAGCAGCGACUGUCAGGAGAUAGCUGGGUGGCAGGGACAGGGGGAGAGGGGCUUUUCUCUGUGGCCACCUGGUAAAGCCAUGUAAGAUCCCUGGCUUGUCAAGACAGAGACAAUUUGAUUCAAUAACUCAAUAGGUAAUUGGCUCCGAAUUUGUAACUCAGCAUUAGUUAAUCUGUGGGGAGAAAGUAAAGAGCAGACAAAUCUAAGACGACGGUGUGGAGUAAUCUGAAGAAAAAAACUCAGUAAAGUCAGUGCGCACUGGAGCUUCAUGGACACGCUCAGAAAUCCCCGAACCAACUGCAAGAGAAGAAACCCACACAAGUUGAGCACCGAGGAUAUCUGCAGUCAGUUUUGAUGUCAGGGGAAGGUGAAGGGAGACUGACGGAGCUUUUAUCUUUCGACAAACACUCAGUUACUUUCUGAUCGGUGCGUAUUUGGAGAGGCAUGAGCGGAGGGCGCUUUGAGUUCGACGACGGCGGCGCGUACUGCGGAGGCUGGGAGGGGGGCAAAGCGCACGGCCAUGGCAUCUGCACCGGACCCAAGGGCCAGGGAGAGUUCUCCGGCUCCUGGAACUACGGCUUCGAGGUGGUGGGAGUCUACACCUGGCCCAGCGGGAACACCUACGAGGGCUACUGGUCGCAGGGGAAGCGUCACGGUCUGGGAGUAGAAACCAAAGGACACUGGAUUUACAAAGGGGAAUGGACUCAUGGCUUCAAAGGGAGAUAUGGGAUCCGGAUCAGUGUUGGCAGCGGUGCAAAGUAUGAAGGAACGUGGAAUAAUGGACUUCAGGAUGGAUAUGGAACAGAAACUUACGCAGAUGGAGGUACUUUCCAGGGACAGUUCACUGGCGGGAUGCGUCAUGGCUACGGUGUCCGCCAGAGUGUCCCCUAUGGGAUGGCAGCAGUUGUCCGCUCCCCUCUUCGCACCUCCUUGACCUCCCUUCGCAGUGAGCACAGCAACGGCACUGUUCUGCAGCAAGACAUCCCCAUCAUCACCACCACCAAUGCCUCAGGUGAGGAGACACCUAUCGCCACCCCUACCCAGCUGGGACCGUCUCGCGGAGGCUUUGCCCUCACGCUCCAGGUGGACCCUGAGGCCGUGAAACCCAAGAAGAAGGGCCUGUUCCGCCGGGGCUCCCUGCUGGGUAAACUGAAGAAGUCUGACUCGAGCACAUCUCUGUCCAGCCAGAAGAGCAAGAUCAGCUUCCUGAGGACAGAAUCAGCUCUCAGCUCCAACGCCAGCGACACCAACUCCACCAUCAGCAUGGAUGAGAGCCUGGCCGGAGCCGAGGAUUUCCCCCCUGUGGAGGCCGACAUUGACGCCACCACCACUGAGGUCUACAUGGGCGAGUGGAAGAAUGACAAGCGCUCAGGAUAUGGAAUAAGCGAAAGGUCCAGCGGGCUGAAGUACGAGGGCGAGUGGCUCAACAACCAGAGACAUGGGUACGGCUGCACCACAUUUGCCGAGGGAGGGAAGGAGGAGGGCAAGUACAUGAACAACAUGCUGGUGAAGGCCAUGAAGAAGAGGGUGAUCCAGCUGAAGGGAACCAAGAUCAAGCAGAAGGUGGAGCGGGCGGUGGAGGGCGCUCAGAGGGCCGCAGCCAUCGCCAAGCAGAAGGCAGAGAUUGCUGCUUCCAGGACAACGCAUGCGAAAGCCAAAUCAGAUGGAGCUGAACAGGCAGCUCAGGCCUCCAACAGUGAGUCCAGCAUUGCCAGACUGGUGGCCAAAGAGCUCUCCCCUUCCUUCUACCAGCCAGGUCCUGAGUAUCUGAAGAAGAGAGUGUUACAGGAGGUCGUGGAGGGCAGUGAGAACACUGACACUGUCAUGCAUGAACCGCUGCUGGCUGAAGAGGAGCCCCUGCCCACGCCGCCUGAAAGUCCACUCAUGAAUGAACUGGACAGCCUCAUGCCUGGCUCGUCUCCAGGCCGCACCCCCUCCCCCAGUCCAGGCAUCAUCAGCAAGGAAGAGCCUAAACUCCUCAGUCCAGGCAGCUGGAAUGAAGACAAAACAGUUAAAGGUGGUGGUAGUAAGGGUGGCAGUAAACCCAACAGCAGGCCUGGUAGUCGCCCCACUACCCCUUCAACCUCUGUUUCUGCUCCUGCCCCAGCUACAGCUGAAACAGGGGGGGCGCCUAGCAGUCGUGGCCCCUCUCGCACCCCAAGCCAUCAAAGCAACAAGAAUGAGCAGGGCUCUGACCUGGAGAUUAAACCACUGCAGAAGUUUGACUCUGAGGCAAAAGCUCCAAACGUCACUCCUGCCGCUGCAGUCCCUGUAAGAAACAGCCUCAUCUCACCAGAUGAAGAAGAAGCACCGCGCCCCGCGUCCAAAGCUGUAACCCCCGAGCCUAAAGCUAUAGAGGUCAAAACUGAAAGAGCUCCAUCAGUCCAUGAACGAGUACCAUCCGUCUCCGAGAACAAAGUAGAGUCCAGGGAGGUGAGCAGGCCGUCCAGCAAAGCAGAGACAAAACCAUUACCGAAACGCCAACCCAGUCCGGCUCUAACCCCAAAACCUGCUCUCAGUCUGGAACCUAAAACACUACCAAAGCAAGUGGAAGCCAAAGCAACACCAGCCAAACCGGUACUGAAGGUGGAACCCAAAGCAGAAGCCAGAGUGAAGGCCAUGUUGUCCAGCCCAAGUCAUGAGGUGACUGCAGAGUCUUUGGAGCUGGAGGGCCCAAACACCAUAAUGAUCUGCAUGGUAAUCCUGCUCAACAUCGGCCUGGCUAUUCUCUUCGUUCACAUUUUGUCAUGAGAGAUUUUCCACCUCGUCAGGUCACCAGCAGCGCUGGAGAGAGAUGGCUUUCCUCCUCCUCAGUAAGGACCAGAGACCGAAGACUCUGCUGAGAGGAGGAAGCCUCAUGCAGACGUCUGCAGCUCUUCUAAAGGUUUUUGUUGCUGUGACUGUGUGAGGCUCUAUGAAGCUCCUCUCUUUCCAGAGGUUAGAGAAACUGAAGGACACGAACGACUGAAACUUUUCAGUACAUCUGAAUAUGAUUUGUAUGUUAAAGUUGGGGGGGUUGGCUGGUAGAGUAUGUCCUGGUGCUGACACUGGAGAAACAUGUUGGCACUCAAGAAUUCAACUUUGUCACAGUGUGUCACAAGUGUGUGUCGACAUUUUGCAAUAUGGUUUUUAACUAAAUCCUUAAUUGGUGCACACUGGCUGGCUCUCACAACACUAAAUCAAGCAGAUAAGACAAACUCAGAUAGUCAAGUUUUGUCACAAGAUAUGUUUGUUUGUACUGCAUAAUCUCCAGCUGAAGGUAUGUUAGUGACAUAUACAGACUGACGACUCUCUCCACGAUGCCUUGAACUUGAAUUUUUAGCCACCAGAAAGCUGCAGCUGACGUGUGAAGGAUUUGGGAGUGAUGAUUUGUUUUAAUUAACUUCAAUGUCUGGUGUUAAAAAGCUGAAAAAGAUGCGCUAAGUGUGCUACUGUAAAGGCAGGUUAUCGUUUUCAUUUGUCGCUCUUCACUCUCUUAAGAAAGACGUCAUGAGUUGCAUUUCUGCUAACUGUAUUCUGCAAAAUCUGUAUUUGAGACUGUGGUGUACAACACUGUGAAAUUUUCUUCUUUUCACUGGGAUUUAUAUGCAUUUAUUGUCAUUCUACUGCUUUGGGUUGGGAAGCUGAUAGACCUAGUAGAGAAAGGAAAUAAGAAGCUUGUGCUAAUGUGUAUGUGCUGUAUGUUGUGCGAUGCUGCUUGGCACCCAGGAGGUUUUAAAUGAGAGCCGUGUAUGUUUUGCAACAGGAUUAGCAAGCAGGUAAAUAACAGCUGUAAUGUAUCUUAUUUAAAGUAGCCACUGUAUGUUGUAGUGAAUCCACAGAUUGUGUUCAUACAGCAGGAGGUGGGUUAGGAUGAUGCUUUUCUCUGUACGGUUUCAUGUAUGUCUAGAAAACAGUCCACACGAUGCAACAUUCAGGGCCUGUUGCGCUUCAGAGCCAAAUAUAACUUUUGUACGCAUGAGGGCACCUUGUGUGUGUGCGUGUGUCUGUAUUUUUUGUACUUUUUUGAAGUGCACAUCUUUUCAGCAUUCACAAUAUUCUGUUGUAGGAUUUUUUUUCUAUUUUUUUUUUUUUGUCAGAAGAAAUAUGCAACCCUAAAUUAGUUUAUUUCCCAAAGGAGUCGGUCAGAUUACCUCAUGAUUGUGAGAUGGAGAAAAUACAGAAUGAUUCUCAACUCCAUGUCUUAUGUUGAAAAGAGAGCUUCUAAUUUAUGGGCUUUAAAAAAAAAAGAAGAGGAUUUUAGCUGAAAUUGUUUUGUCUUUGAGUUUGCAAAUGAACACACAGACCACUGGGUAAAAACAAAAAGAACUAGUUUUAAUGAAACCUAUGAUUCUAUAUUUGUUAAUGCAUUAAUUAAACUGGUGGCUGAACUCUGUGGUAAGUGCAAGGGAACUUGAAUUCAUACAGGUCAGUGUAAUGUGGAAGCCAUUUUGUUUUGCCUCUUUUAGUACAUUUAACAUGGCUGAAUUUGAAGAAAAGCAUUUGUGUAGCCAAACAUGGUCAAAAUAACACAGCUGAAAUUAAAUAAAAAAAACUUUUACAACA